AAUAUAGUCGUCGUCGUAGACUGCUAUAGUUCCUUCAGGACUUCACUAGAUACAAUAUAAUCUCACGCAUGUCAUAUACGUACGUUAUCCUCCGGACGCAGCACACGUCAUCUGCACCGAUGUCCCGCGCCUCAUAAUAAUAACUGUAUAAUUUCGAUCUUCGUCGAUAGAAUAUAUAACGUCGACCUGCUACCUUUAUAGAUUGCGCGCACAACAGUCGAUUUCCCCGGUGUAGUAUACCUAGGUACCAUACAUUUGCGCGUGGACCGGCGAAAUGAUGAUGGACUCGGACUCGGCGUAUAAGCCCAACGGCGAUUAUCUCAUGUCGCCAUACAGCUGGCACACGCCGCAUGAUUUGCAGCAGUUUACCAACGCGCCCAUCGUGUAUCCGUACGGUGACUACGGAUCUGUGGUGGUCAAGUCCGAGUACGACGACGAUGUUUGCGGGGUUGGUGGUGGUGAUGGCGGCAGCGGCGGAAUCGGCAUCGGCGGAGACCUCAGCUGCAACGGUGGUGCAAACGGCUGCGGCGAUAUCGGAGUUGAUGGCGGCGGUGGCAGCAGCAGUUCACCCGGCCUUGAACACGACACAGUGGAACCAAAAAAGGGUAUAUAUUCUUUAAUAUAA